AUGCAAAAUACCGCACAUCUUGCCGACAGCAGCCUCAGCUGCAGCCGCGCGCUCGGUGCCACUGAGCGCAGCUGGCUAGCAGAACGCGGUGUGCAUGGGUACACAGAUUUCUUCACUAUCAUCCAGCUCGUCUGCCCGUCCGGCCCGCCCAUCGAUGACAGUGAAAUCAUACACGCAUAUGCCCUCCUACGACUGCGCCAUCCCCCUCUCGCAUCGCGGUUAUCGCAUUCCGGAUCGGUUCCCGAGUUCGAGUACAAGUCCCCGCAGACGGAGGCUCGUGCACUGCAAGAGGCGGCAGCGCACGUCGAGUUCGGUACAUUCGAGGACCGAGAUGCGGCGGUGGUGGCGUUGCGGACGAGGUGGCUAAGCAUCGACCGACAUCAUGUGCUCGAUGUGCGAGCGUCCAUGUCAUCCAUAUUUUGGAUGAGGAGCGCGCGGGCCAGUGUGCGGCAGUAUGUUCUGGGAUUACGGACAGCGCACUUUGUUGCAGACAUCCGUCGCCAGCUGGGCAUUAUGCGCGAAUUUGUGGAGUUGCUCUCGUCAUCGGGGCAGCUCAAGGCGGAAAUUCGCGUUCACCUCAAGACUUCUCGUCCCGGAUCUAUGCUGCCUCCUCCGCUUGAAACUCGGAUUCCAGACAUUGCAUCUAGCAGUGUGGAAGAGUUGAAAAAGGGGGAGGAUGCAUUUUUGAAAUGGAUGGAGCCAAUGCCUGUGCCCACAUGCGGAUUGGUACCGGAUGGAACUGCCGAUGAAAAUAAAUAUGACGGUCGCGUCCUUCGUCACAUAUUGUCGCGACAGGACACCGCCAGAAUCGCCCGUGCUUGCAGAGCAAAUGGCACAAGCAUCACGCAGAUGGUUCUCGCAGCUAUCGCAAUAGCAGGAGUCUCAGCGGAUCCUUCCCACCCAUCUGUCACCGCCAAAGACGCACUGUUCUCAAACAUCACACUGCCAAUGGACCUCUCUCCGCACAUCAGGUCAUCUUCCGUAAACAGGGACAACCUUGUCAUCUUGACGAGGAUGUACCCGAUGCUCAUGCGCGUGCCGCGGUUCAUAGAUAGCAGUGCUCCGGACUACCGUGCAGUGUGGCGGGUCGCACAAGAAUGCAAGCAGCGCUACGAGGCGUUUGUUCGCUCACCGUAUUUCUGGCACCUCAGCUGGCACGGCGAUCGGUACACGUCCGCAUGGAACACGCCAACGGUUGGGGAGCCGUUCCUGCCGAUGCUGAGCAGCCUGGGAGAUUGCAGCAAGCUGCUCCCACUCUCAUAUUCCCGCGCCGCAAACGGAUGUGAGGCUGCAGAUCCCAGGAGCAGGGAGCUGAGUAUCAGGGACAUGGAGACGGGCGGCAAGAUCAACACCAUCUUUGGGCUGUGGACGUUUGACGGGAGGCUGAACAUGCAGCUGACUUACAAUGGCGCGCGUAUCAGCAGCGGGAUUGUGGAGCCAUAUCUCCGGCGGGUGGUGGACGUUGUGAUGCGGGUCGGGUUGACAAGCCUGAGGGAAGAAAACCUGUCUGCUGCACGAUUGUAA